GAAAUUUUUUAUCUAUAGCAAUCUGGUAGCUCACACAUUUUCAUUUUCUCCUCUCCCAUCUCUCUUUGAAAUAGGUGCGAGACAAGCGAACAAACAACACCGAACCACUCUCUCUCUCUCGUCUUUGCGUUCGAUUCGAACCCUAGGCACAUUGAAUCAAUCAUUUGGAGUCUCUCUUGGAUCUUCAAUCAAUGGCGUCUUGAUCUGUUUGUGUCUGGGCUGCUAGGAUUUGGAGAUUUUCGUAGAUGGAAAAGGAUAAGUCCCCCAACCAUGGUGGGGGUUUUCUGCCUCCGUUAGGACGGUAUUUGGGUUUUUCUCCUCCGGCUAACAGUUUCAAUACGAAAUCAGAGCCUAUGGCAUCAUCAACAUUGCCUCCACUAGGACCUGGGGGUAGUUCAGAAACGGGUCAUUUUGGUCAUGGGAUUCCUAUGGAUUCUAGCCAUUUUAGUCAUGAUAUUAGCCGAAUGCCCGAUAACCCGCCAAAGAAUAAGGGCCAUCGGCGUGCCCAUUCGAAAAUUCUUACUCUUCCUGAUGACAUUAGCUUUGAUAGUGAUCUUGGUGUUGGACGUGGUGGUUUGGAUGGACCUUCAUUGUCAGAUGAGACUGAAGAAGAUUUGCUUUUUAUGUACCUUGACAUGGAUAAAUUUAAUUCAUCCUCAACAACAUCUGCCUUCCAAGUUGGUGAGCCAUCUUCUGCAGCAGCUGCACGAACUCCAGCUUCAGCAACUUCUCCUACUGAGAAUGUGGCCCCUUCUUUUAGUGGGAGGCCCAGAGUUAGACAUCAGCAUAGCCAGUCGAUGGAUGGGUCGACUACAAUUAAGCCUGAGAUGCUCAUGUCAGGUUCAGAAGAGGCAUCUGCAGCUGAUUCUAAGAAAUCCAUGUCUGCUGCUAAGCUUGCUGAGCUUGCUCUUAUUGACCCAAAGCGUUCCAAGAGGUAGGGUUUGUAAUGAAACUGUGUUGUUUGGUUGGUUCGUGCCUAUAGCAUCAUUGGAAUGUGCACAAAGGAUUACACUAACUUUUCUUAAUUGACCUAAAGCAUCCUGCAAUGACACUGUUCUUUGGAAUGAAUGAACACUCUACUUUUUAUCCUAUUGGACAGUCUGCAUAAAUAUUAGCUGAAUCCCCCCAUUUUAAGGUUAAGAGCAAAGUUCCAGUUUGUUCGGGGAAAUGGUUCUCAAACUUCAAUAGCAAAAUUUAACUAGUCAAGAAUACAGUUUUAAAACUACAAAAUUAGUGUGAUAAAGUGUUUUAUCGAUGCAAUUGAAAGAAAAAAAGUGUGUUAUUGAUGGGAGAGAAAUAUCCUGUUUUGCUUAGAAUAAAAUUUGGGCUGUUAAUAUUAACUUUAUGAAAUGUGAAAAUGUGGGUUAGAAUGCUAGGUAUUUGCUUGUCCAGCUUGAUACCUUGUUUUGUGGCUCUUUUCUCCUUUGGUAGGUUUUAUAAACAGAGUUACGCCCAGUUUUAUAGGCUUAUUCCUCACCCAGUUGCGCUAUUUACAUUAGAAAAUUUCUCAUUUUGCAUAUGUGAUAUCUAGCCAUACUAUUAAUUUUCCAUUACAUCAACUAAUUGUCAUCAAUUUACAUUUCAUCUUUUCCUUCUC